AUGGGGGGUGCGGGUGUAGAUAUAAACCCCAGUGCAAACCACCACCAGCACAACGGGCAUAGUCAGCAGCAGCAGCAGCAGCAGCAGCAGCAGCAGCAGCAGCAGCAGCAGCAGCAGCAGCAGCAGCAGCAGCAGCAGCAGCAGCAGCAACAGAGUCAGGGUCAUUGGCAUCAAAGCGCAGUUCUAGAGCUCACCUUCCGCGUCCUGCCCCCAAGGGACCUGGCAGCAGCAGCGUGUGUGUGUCGCGAGUGGAGGGCAGCAGCCACCAGCGAGCCUCUCUGGCACCGCCACACCAUCGCCCUCUGGCCUGCCCUUGCCAGCCCUGCUGUGGCCCGACGGGUCUCGGAUUCCUGUGGCUUCUACCUCUUUUACAGCCCUGCUGUGGCGCGCCGUGUCUCCGACUCCUGUGGCUUCUAUUUGUUCUACAGCCCUGCUGUGGCGCGCCGUGUGUCAGACUCGUGCGGCUUCUAUUUGUUCUACAGGAAACGAUUCCUCCGCCCUGGCCGGGCCUCCCCGCUGCCCUUCCAUCUGGACGAUCUCACGUUCUUCUUCGACCUCUCCUUCCACGGCUCCCCCGUCUUCUCGCAAGCAUUCAAGUACGAGGGCGGCCGCGCGCUCGUCCCCUUCGCCCCUUCUUCCGUCUCCCAAACCCCAUUUCUUAUCCCCUUUUACCCCCGCUUCCCCCGACGCGCCUCCCCCCUGCCAUUCCACCUGGACGAUCUCACAUUCUUCUUCGACCUCUCCUUCCACGGCUCCCCCGUCUUCUCCCAAGCAUUCAAGUACGAGGGCGGCCGCGCCCUCGUCCCCUUCGCCCACCACACCUUCUCAGACCCAUCCGCCAUUUUCCCCUCUAUAGAAGCACUCGAUAAGGACUCCUUUCGGCGCUCUUUAGCGGUGAAUUGGACGGUUUUGCGGAGGACGGAUGGGAGAGGGUCAUGCUUGGUGCGGGCGUGUCCUGACAGGGAGAAGCUUAUACCUGCCAGCAGCAGCGGCAGCAGCAUCGGCACCGGCAGCAGCAGCAGCAACACCACCAACCUGAUGGGCGCUGCUGCUGCUGCUGCCGCUGCUGCUGGUGUCGCUGCUGCCGCCGCUGCCGCAGCAGGAGGGGCAGGAGCGGCGGCCAAUGUGGAGAUGACACCUGUCAAUGUGCUGGCGCGCACAGGGGCGAUGGAGGUGAAUCUAACGGCUCUCAAGGACCGGCUGGGAGGGACGGUGCGCGUGGAUAUUGCUGGGAAGGAGUUUCUGCUGGUGCUGUCCGCGCUGCAGUGGGAGUGA